CUAUCCAGAACUGUGCAGUAUUAACCAGCUGGAAGAUCAGUUCUACCCCUGCUCCAGGGUUGCAGAAGGCCUGACUUCUCCUGGGGCCCCUUCCCGGGAAUCUGGCUCACAGCUGAGCUGCAGGGACCAAGAAGAGACCAGGCUGGCCUUGUGCCAGCCCAUACCAUGGGCAGGAGGCCCACACCUCACUUUCUCGGGCAAAUAAAUCUUGAGGCUCCCUCUGAGCAUCUCAAACACGCAAUCUUCUCCCGAUUAACACGUGGCCUGCGUGUUCUUAGUUGCCUGCUGCCAGCCUCAAUUUAAAACUGUCUGCUGCUCAGCUCUGCAGCUGAAGAAGCACAGGCCAGGCACGCAGGGGCCAAAAAAGCCCAGGGUCCUUUGCAGCCCAGGUCAGUUGAGGUCGCUCCUGGCCCUGGGCCCCAGCCCAAUCUGAACAGCACCCCCAAAGCCUGUGGGAGCAGCCAGGGACCCAGCCAGGCAAGGUUGCUGCUUUGGAGGUUUUCAGGCUGUGUCCCCAAGGUACAAGGGGCUUCUGAUGUGUGGGGGUGGGGCAGAGUGUCCACGGCAGAACAGGCUUUGCCAUGGAUACUGAGGUCCAAGACUGCAGCCCAAGCGGGCAAUGGGGAGCACCUCCGCUUCUCUGGAAGGCGGCCCCAGGAAUGGCUCUGGUGCCACACAGAAAGCGGACAAGCCCUCUGAGUUCCAGUUCUGGGAAAGGUCUUGGUCUUGUCUUCAGGAAGGAGCUGGGAACUCAGGCUCCGCUCUCUCCCGGCCUGGGAUGUGGUCGCAGCACAAUUCUGUCCCUGCCAGGGACUGGCGGGGAGGGCAGUCGGUGGGUCACAUCGGCCUCCCCAUCAUGGUCUCCCUGGCCAACACGGACACCUCCUUCGGGUGCAGCAUCACCUAUCGGAACACCCCAGCGCUCAAGGACUUCACUGUCAGCUACUUCCACAUAGAUCUCCAGGGCCAGAAGAGCCCAGAGAAGCAGAUACCCUGCCACGCUGGCCCGGGUGCAGAGAACCAAACCUACACCUUGCUCUGCUCAGUCAAACUCAGGCUGCCGGAUGCAUCGGCGACUGGCACCUACUACUGCUGCGUGCAGUGGCCCAGCACCGUGGUGAGGGGCAGCGGCACCUUCAUCCUGGUGAGAGACGUGGGCUACCAACCCCCUCCACCGAGCUCCCAGAAGCCCCUGCUGUGUGGCUUCACUGCCCUGCUGGCUGUGCUGAGUGUGCUAGGCACGGCUUUGCUGCUCUGGAAGAAGAGACAAAACCUGGCUCCAAGGAAGAAUCCCACCCAGUCUGGUCCAGACUCAAGAUCUGCCUGCACACCCAUACAGCCUACUGCAGAAUCCAUCUACACGGCCCUGCAACGCCGGGAGACCGAAGUCUACGCCUGCAUCGAGAGCGAGGGGGCCAGUCCAUCCCCUGCCUGGAGCUUUCCCUCCCAGGAGAAAGGACAGCAGCUCCAGGAUGACAGCGAGGUGAACCAGGUCUAUGAAAAUCUCUAGGCCGAGCUCUCUGAGCCAUCAGCCUUAACCUGCACCAGAGGCCCAGAGCAGCCCUGGAUCGGAACCAGGAGCCAGCCCCCAGGGACACUGCGCCCCUCCCUCUCAUAUGCAGCACUCCCUCAACUUCGGGCUGCCUCCCUCCCCUGCCCUGCAUCCUAGCCCAAGCGCCAGACUGUAUCCCGGUCUGUGGGCACUGUGAGCCCCAGGACCUGACAGGGGUCCCAUAGGGGCCGUGACUGAGCCAUGUGGACCCCCACUUGCCAGACUGGUCCAAAGGCUGGGUGGUCACAUCCCCAGGGAAUCAGGAAGUGGGGGUGUAUGAGCGGGAAUGCUGAGCCACGCUCAGGCUGGGCUGUGCUGGUGAUGGUGGGGAUGGUAUGGCAGCCCACAAUGUGUAAGUGAGAUGGAGCCAAAUCCUGGGGCAGGCUGGGUCGGUGUCCACUGUCAAGAAAGAUGUCCUGGCAUGCUUGGGGUGGGCCAUGGGGUGCAGGGCAGCUGCUGCUGCACAGCUCGACGGAUGGCCUGAGACUCUCCCUCCCCUAACAAGGAGCCCCUGGUUUUUGGCCCAUUGGGUUGGUCCUGGGGACUCACUGUGCUACCCCUGUCACCCUGUGUUCCCUAGUCAGGGCCCAGUCCUCCAAAGCCCCCUCUGCCUGGCUGUUCUGCACUCCACUACCUGCGCUGCUUCUGGUCCUCUCUUCCUCAGACUUCACCUGCACCUUGAGGUGGAGGCCAGAGCAGACCUAGUGGCCACCUGAGCUGCCUCCAGGACUCUUCUUUCCUGUGCCACUGCUGGGGUGUGGCUUGGUGUGUCUCUGGCCAGGCCCUUAGAGGGGUCUCUGUGCUGGGAAUCUGAGGCUGGGGAUGACCAGAGGGGUCCCCAGUGCCUGUCCCAGAGCCUUUUGCUUUCCCAAGUGUCAAGUUUACACCUCAAGGCAUGUCACCCGGGGCUCAGCGGCCUGUCCCCCAGGCUGUCUGGCUCCUUCUUCCCCUUUCCGCUCCGCCCUGCCUUGGUUUUCUCACUGUUCAUCUGGGAGUCAGCCAGCUUGGUGCUCUCUCCCUGCCUCCCUGGCCACUCCAGAGGUUCCUGGGGUACCCUCCUAUCAAACUCCAAAUGAGCUCAGGGAAAGGGGAAUCUGAGCCCUGCCCAAGCCCUCAAGCAGCAUUGGACCACAGCCCUCAGGCAGUGUCAUUUUUGUUUGUUUGUUUUCAGAUUUUUGAGACACGGUCUCACCACUGUGUGCGUAAACUCACGGUAAUGCUCCUGCCUCAGCCUUCUGAGUGCUGGGCUUAUUGGUGUGCACCAACAGGCCCAGCGUGGGCGGCACCUCUGCAGGGCUAGAAAGGAAGGCUGGCUUGGGGUUGGGCACAGGCCAGCCUCCGGAAGUCCCUGGAACAGUCUGCGAGGGAGGCACCAGGCCUUCCAGGACAGACAUGGCCUCCCAGCUUCUCCCUGGGUCACUGAGGCCCUCAGGGACUGACUGAUCACCCUCAGGUGGACAUAGACAGUGCCAGCUAGGGGGCUGAGCCUGCUCCAGGGCAAGACUGGGAGCACACAACUGCUGAGGUCCUGGAGGGUGACAAAGAAGACAGAGCACGGGGUCCCCAGCGCCCAGCAUCAAAAGCUUGCAGGGCUGAGAGGGUGCAGGAGGCAGCGAGGGAGGAAGAGGGGACAGAGAGGGCUACGAACUGAGCUCCCUGGAGUAGGGUGGCCACUGGGCUUUUCCUAAGAUCCCAGCUCUGCUUCCAGCCACAAUGUGGACCUGAGAAAGUCACUGCCGCCUGUGGCAGCUCGUGUGACAGUCAGGACUGCUCCAGGGGACAGAUGAGGGACUCUCUAGCUCAGGCAGGCUGCAUCAGGUGGGAGUUCCCCAGAGAGCCAUUCUUCAGAGAAGGGGGCUGCAGGGGCAGUGGGGAGGCACUCUGCUCAAUGAGGGGCCAGGGAACCUGAGGACGGGAGGGCCCGGGCCUGCUCUGGGGAACAGAGACAGGGUGGAGAUGAGGGGUGCUGGACCCAGAAUGCCCCUAAGAGAUGCUAAGGAGCUGGGAGCAUUCUUGAGGAGGCUGGUGGCACUUUAGACCUGCCAAGAAGGAUGGAUGUGACCAUCCUGAGGAGGAACCUAGACUUAGGACGCAGAGGAAGCCCCUCCAGGACCUUGUCACAGAGCCCCACAUGCAAGGGCAACUGGUGUCUCUGGCUUCUCUAGUUUCUGCCUAGUGGGGUUUCCCCCUGGGUCUCCUGGUCUCACCUGCUGUCCCUCCUGAGGUUGUGUUCCACCAAAGGUUUGUCCCCCACCAACCUCCCAGAGCCUCAGGGCAUCUGAAACAUUCCUGUGACUCCUGCCACCCUCAAGCUCCCCACUUAGUCCCCUCCCAGGGGUGGCAAAUGCUAGAAAUUGCUGGCCUCCUCCAGCUCAUCUCAACCUCCAACCCUCCCUUCCCUUCAUAGCCUGAACCUUGAAGGCAAGCAGGGAGCAGUGUCCCCCACCUCAGGAAAAUUUCCAGAGGACUCUGUGCAGCUGAGUCCCGAUCCUUGGUGGCGCUGGGGUUCCCUUUCUAACCAACGUGGCAGGACCUCCGAGGGUGGUCUCAGCCAGGGGCAGUCACUGCUCUUUGGCCAUCAGCCCUCAAAGAACCUGAAAUCAAGUUAUAAGAAAAACCUGCCUUCCCACCCCCCAUCUAAUUUAAAGGCCAUACUCCACUCUAAGGACACCUCUGGGAUUCCAGGGAUGGAUUUUUAUGUAGUUCAAUAGUUUUCUUGGCAGACAGCUCCUCCAUGAGAGGUGGGUACUGCUUCAGUGCAGCCAGCUAAGUGGCUUCUCUCUGUCCCUUCCAAGCCCCACGGAAUGUCCUUUGCCCACCUUAGGGCCAUGGCCAGCCCUGAAUCCAGAUUCCAGCCUGGGGACAUCUGCACAAGGCUUUGAGAUACCCUCACUCCUCACUCUUCCCUGGAGCUAUGGCCACAGCCAGUGUGGCGCCUCGGCUGAGCAUGGGUCAAGCCACGCUCUCUGCAUGCACAUGGGUAUCGCAUGCAUAGCUAAGCAGGUGACAAAGGCACAUGCUGUGGCCACAGGACAUUUAAGCUACAGCAAGGUGAAGGUCCCUGGGAUGCACCUGCCACCUCUGGGCCUCCAUCCCAGCCCCCUCCCCACAGGUAACCGCUGGGUCACCUAGACAUGUUUCCCUCCCCUCAUUUUCAUUGCAUCUGUGUAGUACGUGUGAACGUACAAAAUAAAGGGUGCGUGUGUG